AUGGCGAGAUCAAAUGUUUAUCUCAUCUAUAUUCUUCUCAUCAUGGCUUCACUCUCUCCCCCUUCCCACGGUUUUUCAUUUGCUGGCCUCAAGAUAGGCCGAAUCGUAAUUGAAGGUGUCGUGUACUGUAACCUUGACGGAAAUUCUCAAGGCGCUCCUGUCUCGAAUGCCACUAUUCUCUUACAAUGUUGCGGCUCAACCACAAGUCUCGCUCAAGCAGUGACCAAUCCCAACGGUACAUUUACCAUAGUGCUCAACGUCUUAGAAACACUUUUGUUUAGCGAGAGUCUGUGCCUUUUCUCACUCAAUCUUCCAGCGGGAAAUUGUAUUCUUCCCGUACCGGACGGUGUCCUCUCUGCCACAUUUAUCCUCUCUGCCACAUUUACACUGUUAAAAAUCCUCCUGACGAAUACAACAAAUAUCGCUGUUUUUCUCGCCGGCCCAUUCCUCGAUGGUAUUUUCUGA